GAUCCGUGCUGAUAUCUCAGGAUCAACAAAAUACUUUGGUGUUUGCUCGUUUGUUAUACAGGAGAUUUAAAACACUUCAAAUUUGUUGGUCUCCAUUUGUAGAAUUUCGUUUGAACAUUUUUUGUUUUGUUAGUUGUAAAUUAUAUAAAUGGCAUCGUUCAAAAUCCGACCGGCCGAACCCACUGAUGUUGAGGACAUCCUUUCCAUGAUACAGGAGCUGGCCAAUUAUCUGAAGUGUGAAAACCAGAUGCAGCUCACAAGGGAAUCUUUGUUAGAAGAUGGCUUCGGAGAGGACAAAUACUUCCACUGUAUCGUCGCCGAGAAGGACGAGAGUGAUAUUGAAAGCAGCGUUCCAGAGCUUAUCGGUUACGCCUUGUAUUUCUACACUUACUCCACAUGGGAGGGUAGGAUGCUGUAUAUGGAAGAUCUUUAUGUCUGCCCAGAGUACCGAGGGGAAGGUGUGGGAAGCUGUUUGUGGAAAACUGUAGCCAAGGAAGCGGUAAAGAGGAAGUGCACCCGGAUGCAAUGGGUCGUCGCUAACUGGAGUCAGUCCUCCAUAGAGUACUACAAAAGGAAUGGCGCCGAGGAUAUGACAAAAGAAGAAGGGUGGCACGUGUUUAGAAUGGAUCAAUCAGCACUUAGCGAAUUUGCAUCAUCGUCGCGAAGAAGAAACACCGCGACGCAGUGAACAAGACCCGCGUGUAUUUUUGACAUUCAAGCAAUUUAAGGCAACGCGAAGAACAAUAUGUGUUGCCUUAUAUGUGGUACAAGGUGAUGGAGAGGCAGGGAAGAUUUGCUUCGCAGUAGGCCUACGUAUGCAUUGCUCUCAGAGAAAAUUGGCAUAGGCACCACGUGUGCACGAAUUGUUAAAGUGUGCAGACAGUACUCCUGUGGAGUGUUUCAUCCAGACCCCAGCUACAUGUGCUCAAUCCUUUAGGAGAUACACUGAGUUAGACCACCAGGCUAUUGUUUCUUGGACUGUAGAUGAACACGUGGCCCAUUUAAACGUCAUUUAUUAAAAUACUCUGAAUAUGGCAUCUUGCCGAAUGUGUUUGCAGGAAGCGUGUAUAAGGAAUGUACAGUCCCUGAUUACCAGCAAAGAACACACUCUUAUAAUAAUCGACAAAUUCUUACUGGAAAGAAUGCUGCUAUGGAUGUAUUCAGUAAGACAUCUGUGACAAUAUAUUGGUUUGCUGGUUUUUCCUUGCAUUCGUCAGGCACAGAACAUUGAUUGAGUCAAGCGGAAAUUACCUUGGUAUGGAAGUCUCCUUUGCUGGAGGUAUUUUUAGUUGCCGUUCAGUAGACGAUCAUUAAAUAAGUGAAAAUGAAACGUGUUUCCCCGUCCUCCAGAGUUUCCCAUACUUUUCCGUCACAGGGCGGCAACUCGUAUACAUACAUAAUUUAUUUGUAUGUAAAACUAUCAUCUGAAUUUUGCUCAACUUUGCCAUCUAAUGCUCUGAUUGAAUGUGAGCUCCAUUACUGACUGCAAUAAUGUCUUCUAGUCUGGGACUGCACAGUAUUUUUAUUCAGAAAUGUACAUUAAAUUUUAACUCAAAAUUUAGACAAAUCUCAGACAAAAAAGUCGUAAAAGAUCUAGUCCAUUGAACAAGUAAUAGAGCUACUGUCUCUCUCCUAAAGACUGUGAUUUGUGAUCAAAUGAUUUAUUGCUCUCUAGUGUUGUCUUGUGUUGUUUACUCGUUUGUAGUUAUCCGAACUUUUUGAAAAACUCAAAAUUAUCAAUGAUAAUCGAAUGUCUGUUAACUUAUUUCAAAUAUAUAGUCGCUUUUUGUAUAAGUGAGAAAUGUGUUAAAACCGGAGACGGGCUUUAUACAAUAUUUUUUUUUUUAAAUUGAUGUUUUUGUUUUAAACGACUUGUUAAUAUUCCUUGCCAUGCAAUUGUUAAGGUACGCAUAAGCCAGUUAUGAACGUUUAAGUGGGGCACCGAUCAAAUCAUAUUGUAGACAAACAAAAACAAAUGGCUGAAUUUAUGCCUAUUUUAAAGUAAUGUACAGUUUUCAGGCAGUCUGUGGUAUUUUUAGUUUGCUGCAUGAAAAUAUGAGUUAAAUUUUAGUAAGCGAUAUUGAUCUUAAGCCUAAAAUUUUAUUUAUUUAUGUAUUGAGCUCAAUAUCGCUUACAAAAAUUUAGCUCAUAUUUUCAAGCAUACAGUCGCUCAUUCAUUUGCUUAAAUUUAAACAUAAGGUAUACUUAUCUAUAUUCCAUAUGGGAGCUUGACUAUACUGCCUUCUGCCAUGGUUUUUUCGUUUACAUUAUCACAGCUGUACUACAACUCAAACACCAGACUCUGAUUGACUUCUUUUAAAAGUGCACCAAGCAAAGAAUAGGUUGUGAUAUGAAAUACUAACGGAAUAAAAUAUUGACAAGUUUAAUCCAUUAAUACGUCCGUCUGUCGGGGCCUUUGUGACAACAAGGAUAUGACUACCCUCGUGUUGUCGUUCGUGCAGUCUAACUUUCGUUGAAGACCGCCGGAGUUCCACAAAUGUGGUGAGCAUGUCUGCACGUUACAAGCUUAGAUUAUUGGUUUUGUGGGUCCUGUAAUGGUUUAGUACUCUUGAUUCUUCCACACAUAAAAAUAAAUUGGAAAAAUAAAUUGGAAUAAAUGAAAGCGGCGGCCUAUUAAGCUUGAAGCAGAGCGACCUCCAAGACCUAUAUGAGGUAAUAAUAUGUUAUACUUUGACUUUUGCGUCGUACAUAACGUUUCAAUCACGUCACGACGAAAUGAGGUAAUACACGUGAUUGUGUGUACAUGUAAAUAGUGUCAUGUCAGCGAUAAAAUGGUCUGCAGAGUCAAAAACAUAGAAUUUCUAUACAACAGAGGGUAGAAUGUCUAUUCAGCCCUCAACAUCAAUAGAUUUUGGCACAUCAAGAAAGACAGCAGAGAAGCUGGUUAUGUGAAGAGUUCAUUUUUUUAAGCAUACGUUUAUUGAUACACAACAUGCCCAGACAGUCUAGAUUAUACAAGUAUUUUAGAAAAGGAUAUUUACUGUCAUGGUUUUUGUGGCAACCAUUGCAAUCAUCUCAGGUAUGAGCGCCUUGCUCUGCGACAUUUCAGAUUCACAAUGAGGAAGACAGGUGUGCUGUGCGGAGCAGCUAUGACCUUAGGUUAAACUUAGCGAAGGGGAACAGGCUGUAAAAGUACAGAGACAGGAAAACGAGAAUAAAGACGCCAGAGCAAGCCUAGAACAUCUCGGCGGUUUGUAACUUGUCUCGGUGAAACGCCAUAUUAUAAUCACUUGAAUCAAGUUCAAACACAACGCCCUUUCACCUCGAUAACGCGGUCAGGGAUGUUGACAAGAGGUCAGUUUUUAUGAAUCGCCUUGACUAUGGUGGUUCGGGCUAUAAAAGUUUUGAUCUGUUUCCCCGAUAUUAUUUACACAGACAGUACAAGUGGAACAGAGCUUACCUAGUGCAUAUAUAAAAAGCUCCACUGAAUUUGAAAUAGCAUUUUUGCCAAGUUUCAAAUAUCAUUUUAAAAAACCGAGCCCCGUUGCCCGUGAUUUGUCCGGACCCGAUGAACUAACCAGUGUGUACUGGAAAAAAUGAUUUUAUCCCACCAUGCCGACAAAGAAGUAAUAUAAAAGAAUACACAAGACAAUACACGUGCUAUCUGAAUUCUUUGUUUCUGCCCUGUACAGUCUAUAAAUAUAAUUUAAAAAGGUACAGCAUAGAGACUAAGAUCAGAGCAGCGACGACAGUGUGAUAGCUGGCAAUUGUCACAUUUAACCAGUGAAAUACAGCCUCUUGUCAGUUUACCUCAGUGUUUAUGCAAAUGCUUAAAUAGUAGCAAAAUACACGCUACCUAGCAUUAUGAAGUAAGAAGAAUUAGGUAAAAAAUGCAGUGAUGUUAAAUGCAAUAUAUGAGACAUCACUGAUCUAGAAUUAAUAAAAAUGCUAUGUUGUCAUCACAAACCCAGGACAAGUAGGACUACUGAUAUAAUGUAGAUGCUCACACCAUAGAGGUAUAUAUGGAUAUAUACUUCCGUGUAUGGAGGUAUAUAUGGAUAUAUACUUCCAUGUAUGAAGGUAUAUAUGGACAUGUACUUCCAUGUAUGGAAGUAUAUAUGGAUAUAUACUUCCAUGUUUAGAGGUAUAUAUGGAUAUAUAUCUCCAUCUUUACGCUGACUGGCAACUACGACCAUACCAAAACUUUAGUAAACGAAAAAAGGACCUGUGUUCAAACUAAGGGCGCGUCACUUGGCCUUUUUAGGGAUACACUCGAAUCCAGGCUAAUUUGAGAGUCAAGUUUAAAGAGAGGCACCCUACAUAGGACAACCAACGCUGCCUCGCCCUUGGAGGCUUCUUUGAAAACACAAAUUCAAAGAGAGCAAGUCUGGACGUCUCGUUCGACCGGAUAAGCACACGUGUCUUUCCCUGUAUAGAGCUCCGUGAUAUAAGAAAACGUUGUUGUUGUAUUGGCAUGGUGUUAAUAUUUCGACAUCAAAAUGUCCGGUAUUACAACUCCAUCCCCAUCAUCUUCAUAAGAGGGCAUGUCUCACAGGAUAGAUGACAAUUAUUUGAGAUAUCUGAUAAUCGCUUCAGUGUUAUGGCUUUAUUCAUCUAUCACUAUAGUAAAACCUUUAAAGAGAUUGAAAGCACUGCAUGGCGCACUGUAAAUGAUUGGAGGUAUGUCAAAUAGAAAAUGUACCAAUAUUAUACACGGCUGGUAUUAAAAGUAAUUUUUAAGUUGUUUUUAGGAAACUUAAAACUUAAUUAAAACUUAAAAAAAAACAUUUCCCAUUGAAAAUAUGUUCUGUUUAAAAGGCAUUUCACUUUGAUUUUGGAUAGUAUGUAUUAAUUUUUCGGAACGUUUGUUUUAAUAAUUUUUGUAAAAGAACUGCAUGUAUAAAUAAUUGUUCAAAAUAAAUUUUAAGUCACAUCAUUUGCAACAGCCUUGAAUACCUUUCAUUAUUUCGCUCUCGGGAUAUCGCCACGGUUUAGCUGAAAAAUUGCGGAUAAACUUUUAUUCCUUGGGGAUAAUAAAUUUAUUAGUGGAACAGAACAUCCCUUCACACCUAAACUAGACACAGCACGCCAAAGCUUGCCUUUGUGGCUCUGUAUUUGUACCAUAUUGAUAUUAUUAUU